AUGGCAGGUCGGCAAAAGAAUUUGUAUCUCCUCGGAAACUUUGCGCCCAUCCAGACCACGGUGUCUGACAUUACCUGUGAUGUGAAGGGCUCAAUACCCGAAGAGUUUUAUGGUGGUCAAUACGUUCGGAAUGGAAGUAACCCGCUUAAAGAUGACACAAAGCACGAUAUCCACUGGUUCGACGGCGAUGGCAUGCUCACUGGCGUUUUCUUCAAGCGGGAUCCAGAUACACCAGGAGCCCAGCCGGUUUUCUCUAAUCAGUAUAUCGUGACAGAUGUUUACGGUGCCCGUAAAAAGUCCCCAUGGAUCUACCCCGUCAUUCCUGGUAUGAACACCAUGAUUGAUCCCAGAUCAUCAUCGAUCAAAGUAGCAAUGAGCGUCGUACGCACAGCAGCGAUAGUAACUGCCUCGAUCUGGGGUUGGAUCGCCCGUCCAAUUAAAAGAAUAGGUACUGCCAACACAAGCCUCUUUCAUCACGAUGGCCGAGUCCUUGCCACUAAUGAAAUCGGGCCUCCCAUGCGGGUUUUUCUUCCCUCAUUGAAAACCGUUGGCUGGUUUACCGGAAGCCAGGCUGAAGGCGAGUCAGAUCAGGAGGAUCCAUCAAUGCCCUAUUUCGGUGCUCCUGGUCUUGAAGGGGUGUACAAAGAAAUGACUACGGCUCAUCCCCGUGUGGAUCGCAAGACAGGAGAACUCAUAUUGUUCCAUUCCACGUUUCUCCCGCCUUAUAUCAAUUACUCAAUCGUGCCGCAAGGCGUCCCUACCAACGCCACCCCGGCUUUGAACCAGGCUGUGCCGGGAUUGAAAUCAGGGAAGCUGAUGCACGAUUUUGGAGUGUCUCACAGGCACACCGUACUUAUUGAUACACCUGUUUCGUUGGAUCCCUGCAGGCUUCGCCAUGGUAGACCAGCGGUCGAGUACGACCCCGCAGGUCAUACACGCCUUGGGGUCUUUCCACGACACUCACCAGAUAGGGUAAAAUGGUAUACAACCGAUGCCUGCAUAGUGAUGCACACCGUCAACACAUGGGACGAGAGGGAUGUCAAUGGCUACCGAGUUCAUACCUUGCUGUGUCGCAUCAACAGCCUUUCUUCUCUAUACUGGAUGGGUGGGCUGGACUGUCCGGAAUGGGCCUGUCCAUCUGAACCCGAGUGCCGCCUUUACUAUUAUCAGUUUCCCUCCGCCGGCUCCUCGGAUCAUAUCGUACAGCAAUGGGCUCUGUCCGUGAUCCCGUUUGAGUUUCCUCAUGUCCCUGGACAUCUGCAAAUGAGUGCAACAAAGUAUGUCUACGGCUGUUCGAUGAGGGAAGGAAACUUUGCGACCACGCAUAACAGCUGCUACAAGAUAGAUAGCUUGGUGAAGGUCAACGUGGAGUCAAUUAUCCGCAAGGGGCUUGAUAAUCCACCAUCCCAGGUUCAUGGAUGUGUUGAUACUCGCUCUAUCCACGAGAUCAUCAACUCCCAGGAUCCGCAUGAUCCCAUCCAAGUUUUUGCUCUGCCUCCAAGGCAUUACGCACAGGAAUGCUCAUUCGUGCCUCGCAAGGAUGGUGUCUCUGAGGAUGAUGGAUGGCUAGUUACGUAUGUCUUUGACGAAGCUUGGUUGGACGACAGUGGGGUUCCUCUACCUGAUGCACACAGCGAGUUGUGGAUCAUUGAUGCGGUGAGCAUGAAGGAAGUUGUUGGCCGGGUGAUCUUGCCACAACGGGUUCCAUAUGGGAUGCAUGGAAACUGGUUCUCGGAGGAAGAGAUCUUGAACCAAAGGGGGUUCCAUCAUUAUCGCAAUGAGUAG